UUUUAAAAAGCGGAUGGAGAGGAGGAGAAAAGCGAUGAAGUGGUCCUUUCAACUCUACGAAGUCAUUCAAUGUUCAGUAUACUGUACUGUACACAGUCUCUGUGUCUACACAAACCUCAAAUGUAAGGUUUCCAAGUUGUUUACUGAUAAGUGGUGUGCGAGGGGACUGUAGUGGCUGCAAACUGCAAUUCAAAAUGAACUUUUUUCCAGGAUAUCAUCUGAAUUCGUCUCAACUGUGGAGAAAAGUUAUUAAUAUCACAGAAUGGCAAUCCAGAGAAUAUCACUACUAUCUAGGCCAUUACUGUCCGGGAUGAUUCAGAUGCAAGAAAUAAAUGGCCACAAAACUCCUCUCAAGGCCCUCUGUAAGCAGGGUCACUUGAAGAAUGCUCUACACAUCUUGCAUACUACAUAUAAUUCUCCUGUAGGUUCUUGUACACACCUUCAACUAUUGCAGAUUUUCAUGCCUAAGAAUGCCCUUUCAGAGGUUAAGAAAAUUCACUCUCACAUCAAUGAAAGGGGAUUUUCAUCUGCUGCCCGCAUUUUUUUACAAAAUACCCUUAUCAAUAUGUAUGCCAAGUGUGGAAGUGUAGUGGGUGCUUGCGGAGUUUUCGAAAGCAUGACUGAACGAGACAUCUUCUCAUGGAAUAUGAUGAUUGCAGCUUACCAGAGACAUGGGUUUCCUCAAGAGGCAUUGACAUUUUUUCGUCAAAUGCAACUGUCAGCUAUCCAACCUGAUAAAUUUACCUUUGCUACCAUUCUUCCAUCAUGUGCGAAAUUGGGAGCUUUAGAACAGGGUAUGGAGAUUCAUCAAAGGAUAAUGGAGAGCAGAUUUUUGUCAGAUGUUGUACUUGUGAAUGCCUUGAUUGACAUGUAUGCAAAAUGCAAAAGCAUACACAAUGCACGCGAAUUAUUUGACAAAAUGCCUCAACGAGAUGCUGUCUCGUGGAAUGCAAUCAUUAGUGGAUAUGCACAAAAUGAGCUUGUUGAAAAAUCCCUGGAGAUUUUUCAGCAAAUGCAAGUGAAGGUUGCAAAGCCAGACUCAACAACCUUUUCUAGCAUCGUUUCAGCUUGUGCCAAGCUUGGAUUUUUGGAAUAUGGUAUGGAAAUCCAUCGAACAAUAGCAGAAAGUGGGUUUUUGUCGGAUGUUAAAGUUGCAAAUAGCUUGAUAACCAUGUAUGGAAAGUGUGGAAGCUUACAGAAGGCAGAGGAACUGUUUGGUCAGAUGUCUCAACGAAGUGCAGUCUCAUGGAAUGCACUCAUUAGUGGAUAUGCACAAAAUGGUCUUACUGAAAAGGCCUUGGAGGUUUUUACGCAAAUGCAAUUGGAAGGUGUAAAACUGAACUCAGCAACCUUGGCCAGCAUACUCCAAGCUUGCGCCAAAAUUGGAGCUGUGGAAGAAGGUAUGGAGGUCCAUCGAAGAACAGUGGAAAGCGGAUUUUUGUUACAUGACAUUGUUGUGACUGCUCUGAUGGACAUGUAUGCAAAAUGUGGAAGCGUGCAGAAAUCACACAAACUGUUUCGAAAAAUUCGUCAACAAGAUGUGGUCUCAUGGACUACAAUUAUUACUGGAUAUACACAAAACGGUUUUGUUGAAAAAUCGUUGCAGAUUUUUAAACAAAUGCAGUUGGGAGGUAUAAAGCCAAACUCAACCACGUUUGCCAGCAUUCUCCCAGCAUAUUCGAAAAUGGGAGCUUUAGAACAGGGUAUGGAAAUCCACCAAAAAGUAAUUGAAAACGGAUUUUUGUCAGAUAUAGUGGUGGUAACUACCCUGAUCAACAUGUAUGCAAAAUGCGGAAGCAUACAAAAGGCACGUGAUUUGUUUGAGGAAACACCUCAAGUUAAUCUGGUUUCAUGGAAUACACUGAUUGUGGGUUAUGCGCAAAAUGGUCUUGUUGAAGAAGCGUUGGAGAUUUUUAAACAAAUGCAAUUAGCAGAUGCAAAGCCAGAUUCAUCAACUUUAGCCAACAUCCUUCCAGUUUGUGGCAAGCUUGGUGCUUUGGGACAGGGUAUGGAGAUACAUCAAAGAAUAAUCAAAAGCAGAUGUUUAUCGGAUGUUGUACUCGUGACUGCCCUAAUAGACAUGUAUGCAAAAUGUGGAAACAUAAUGGAGGCACGCAAAUUGUUUGACAAACUGCACAAUCCAAACUCAGUCUCAUGGACUGUGAUGAUUGCAGGAUAUGCAAUGCAUGGAUAUUGCAAGGAGGCGAUCAAACUCUUUGAACUAAUAAAGCAUUCUACAACCAAUCCUGGCCAUAUAGACUUUGUUUGUGUUUUAUAUGCAUGCAGCCAUGCAGGUCUAGUUGACGAGGGCUGUAAUUACUUUAAUGAAAUGAGCAACUCUUAUUCCAUUACACCUACAAUGGAUCAUUAUGUAUGCAUUAUUGAUCUUCUUGGCCGUGCUGGCUAUCUUGGUGAAGCCUUAAACUUUAUCAUUAAAAUGCCCAUACAACCUGAAGUGGUUGUGUGGAUGUGUUUAGUUGGUUCUUGUAGAUCACAUAAGAAUGUAAAUAUAGGAGAAUUUGUGGCAACACUUCUUUUUGAGUUGGAUCUUAGAACUGCUGCACCUUAUGUCCUUUUGUCAAACAUUUAUGCAGAAGUGGGUAGGUGGGUUGACGUUCAGAAGGUAAGAAAAAUAAUGAAAGAUAGAGAAACUAUAAAGAUACCUGGAUGUAGUUGGAUUGAAGUAAAUAAAAUGGUACAUGCUUUUUGUGUAGGAGACAGAUCACAUCCACAGACACAUGAGAUUUAUGCAAUGCUGGAGAAAUUGUCUUGGGAGAUGAAGGGAGCAGGUUAUAUUCCAAAUAAAAAAUCAGUAUUAAAUGAUGUGGAGGAGGAGGAGAAAGAAUUAUUCAUCUGUCACCAUAGUGAGAAGUUAGCAAUUGCAUAUGGGUUGUUAAAAAUGCCCCCCGGAACAACUAUUAGAGUUGUCAAGAAUCUUCGAGUAUGUGGUGACUGCCACAUGGCUACCAAGUUUAUUUGUAAGAUUACUGCAAGAGAAAUUGUUGUGAGAGAUGCAAACCGGUUUCAUCAUUUUAAAAAUGGGCAAUGUUCUUGUGGAGAUUAUUGGUGAUGCAAAGUGAAAGCUUGCAUUAUUAAAGUGUGCACAGUUUCAGACUUGUGGUGGGAAGGAGGUAGUUUUAUUUUUCAGUUUAUUAACAAGAGCCAUUUCUGACACACUCUGUUGUCAAAGUGGUUAAAGGUUUGCCUUGCCUCGUCAUAGCAUGCAGUAUUCAUUUUCAAUGUUCAUUCCUUCCACUUUAGCUAGCCUUUGAGCCAUUGAAGUCUACUAUAUUGGGUUUUUCUGAAAGCAGACGUUAGAUUAUACAGAUGGGAUGUUGGUGUCAAGUAUUGUAUUGCUCAUUCUAUAAACCUGUUGGACAACUUCCUAUUACUUCGCAUGCAAUCCUUUUGAAUAAUCCGAAAUCGGCCUGCCAGCACUUGACAGGAACUACGCUGCAGUAUUCCUUAGAUGACAAUUCUUUGCAUUUUGUAUGAUUCAAAAUCAUGUGUACAGAACUAUUUGUAUUGUCAAGCGUUCAUUUUAUGAUUAUAGUUCUAAUAUUUUAGACCAUAACUAGGGGUUAAUAAGUAGACCAAUGUAGAUGGUGGAAAUAUCGGCGAGUUCGAAGCUGUAAGAUCUAGAAACCGCAUCUAUUUUUGUAAUGAUCUCCCCUCGUUUCCUCCUAUCUCAGCUCUGCCCAACUAUAUUUGAGUAGAGGAAAACCCAAGCUAGACAGCCACUCUAGUGGACACCAAAAUGGGAGGUCAUGUGAAUUCCAAUGUCAUAGUAUUGAUCUUGCAAUAGCACUCCAUUAGUCUAGGUUUUUUUUUUUUAUUACUUUUGUGUAAUUUGUUGGGAUUCAAUUUGGCACUGCCAAAAUUUGC